GAGUUGAUAUAAAAAAGCCCACUUCCGGUGUGAUUCCACAAGAACGUGCUGACGACUCGAUUGUCCUUGGGCUUGGUGCAAAACGCCGAACUUGAAGCUGCAUUAUGGGAAACCUAUCUAAAAUUGUGGACUCUCUGCCAGAACACUAUGGGUGUGUUAUCUUCACAGGUGUGGCCAGCACUUUUAUAAACAUGUGGAUGGGUAUUAAUGUAGCCAAAGCUAGGAAGAAGUAUGAAAUUCCAUACCCCAACAUGUACAGUCCGGACAACAAAAUGUUCAACUGCAUUCAGCGUGCACAUCAGAACACACUAGAGAGCUACCCACAAUUCCUCAUGCUGCUAUUCAUCGGAGGACUCCAGUACCCCAGAACAUCUGCCUGUGCUGGGACCCUGUAUUAUAUCAGUAGAAUUUUCUUUGCCAAGGGCUACUAUACAGGAGAACCAGAGAAGAGGCGAUGGGGAUCAUUUGGAUAUAUUGGGUUGAUCACCAUGCUGGGUUGUACAGUGGGCGUCGCCCUCCGACAGCUCAAAGUCUUCCCUCAUUAACUGUCCAUUUAAUGGGAAUCUGACAUUUUUUGUUGUGCUGUGCAUAAUUAGAUUAUUUAGCAUUUGUUGUUUAACAUUGAAAAUGCUUGGUUGAUUUCUUUUUUACUUCUAUACUGAUUAUGUUUAUAUUGACACCGGUAAAUAUUCUUACACACAAAGAAAAUACAAGUAGAUUAUAAUUUAUUGACAGAAAUUACACUUUAUUGUUGAUUCUUAUUGAUUUGUAGUGUAUUUCAUUAGGAAAUGUAAUGAUUUAAUAUACUUUUAAGUUUAAUUUUAUGCAGUUCAAAAAGAAUUGUGAAAACAGAAUUGCAAUUAACAUACAGUGGGUAAUAUCCUUGUUUGAAAAAUCAUGCUAAAUGAUUAAAAUUUAAAUAGAACUGUAUGUCUGUCCCAUCAGCUGGUUAUUUUGUUUUGUCAGUUUUCAUGUCCAUAAGAUUAGCAUUGAGUGUUUUGUAGGUUUUGAAUAACUGUCCUUGUAUUUAAUUGUUAGGACGAUAAAUAUGUGAUCAUGAUUAAAUGGAAAUGAAAUGA